AUGGAGGGAGCCGAUCCUACCCAAACGGUUGGGGAAGUUCUGAAACGUCUUCAUCAAAAGCAUUUGGACGGAGUAUCCUUAACAACUCUUCAGAGAGACGACAUACAUAGCAUCUUCCCUGCAGUUCAUGUACAACAUUCAAUUGGACAAACAUCUUACGAUUAUCAGAUGACGGAAAGUUAUUUCACAAGUCGACUUUCUGAGGUGCUAACCGAAACUCAUAAUCUGAAAGCAGAAGAAGCGAGCAAAAUUGUUAAUGGUCAGUAUACAAAAGCAACGCCAUCUUCACAAUUUUUGAGUUCUAUUCCUUCUUCCAUGCAGGAAUUUGUCGGAAAGAUUGGCCUGCCGGAUCCAAAAACAAACGCUCCAGCUUUCUACAUCGACAAUCUUCUUGCAAAUCAAUUAAAAUCUCUGAAAGGAAUCAUCACGAAAGAUUCAUUCAAUUCUGAAAAGUCUUUGGCCAGUUUUUCUUAUGCUGAUUCAUUUUUUCUGAAAAUGAAAGGAGUGCACAACAACAAUGAAGUCGCAAGCCCGGAUGAAAAAGUUCAGGAGAAAUCUUCUGUGUCACCCGUUAUUCCAAACGAGGCCGUUGUUUCAAAAAUGAACGAAUAUCUUGAUGAAACAGGAAGCGCCAAAAAUCUUGAAGCUCAUGUUAAACCAGUAUCGGAUCCUCCAGCUAGCCCCGGAAGAGUGAUUUCAUCAAAAAUGUUGUCAAGCCGUUCCAAUGAUGAGAAUAAACUACUGGAAAACGCUGUUGAAACGUUACCAACUGUUUUGCCACAAACAGAUUAUGCCGAGAAUGAGAAGUUUCUUAAUGAUAUUCAAGUCGAGACAAACAACUCAAUAUCUGAUCACACAAGACAACCAUCAAAUGAACCAGUUGAGAAGGUGUCAGAAUCUGCACAUGAUCUCACUUCACAAAUUUCUCAAUGCACAGAUCUUUUGAAAGAUCAUCCAGAAUCCAGUGAAACUACUUCCAACACUUCAGCUGGAGUUGCGUCAGCUACGACUGAUCAAACGCCUCCCGAUGUUGUUGCAGAUCAGAAAUAUAAUGUCACUACACCAAUUGAUCCUUCUCAUAUUGUUUUGACGAGCCCUCAUUCGGAAUUUGACAAAAAGGAAGAAUCUUCAGAGCAAAUUCACAAUAACAAUAUGGAAAAUGAUGCUUUGCAUAACUCCACAUUUCCAAAACAGAACGAUGUUGUAAUGUUGGAAUUGUUCAAGGCAUCCGAGAUAUCAGAAGUUCCGCUCAGUAUCCUUGUUGUUGUCCCGAUAUCGGAACCUAGUUCAGUUUCAACAACAGACGUCUCUACUACUUUAGAUGAUGCUCUCCAAGAUUUGCCUAUUUCUCAAGUGGUGGAGUCCUCACAAAACCCGGUCGAGGAGAAAACUAUGUCGUCGGAAACUGCCGUAUCUCUGAAUCUUCCUUGUGUCAAUACUUUGAUCACAGAAGCCGACGAGGUAAAGUUACGGGAUGCCCUGUGGGAAAAAAGAAAACGAGAACAAGAGAAGUUGCAUAAUAAAACAAUCAUUUGGUCUCGAACCGUCACAUACCCUCCAAUUCAUACUUUUCCUAAAACAAAAAAGUAUGUUAAGCAGGCCGCAAAAAUUCCACAACCAGCAGUACUAAAAGAAGAUCCACAAGCUGUAAAACCAAGACCGCCAAAGAAGGACGUUUUGGCAGGUUACUCCGUGGAGACAAUAUUUCUUGCUCUUACGGGGGAAACUGUCCUAUGUCGAUCACAUUCCUUAGAGGAUCUGGUUCGAUUGAAACAAGAAGAACUUGACGCAGUCACUUCAAUUCUCAACAAUGGUGUCCAGAAAAGCCAAUGUGAUUCUGGCGUGAUGUCCAAUACUCUUAAAAGUCAAGAUAGAAAAGAAUCAGAGGGUGUUCAACUUAAUUCUCCAUUGCCAGAAAAUCAUGCUGUUAACCAGACUGUCAAUCAGAGUAUGAUCAGAAAAGGCAGACCAAAGAGAAGUACAAAAACUAAAAGUGGGUCAGAGACUGAAAACGAGUCAAUGAGCGAGGAUAAUGAUGAUUUCUCGGAGCACGAUGAAGAUUUUGACAUUGAACAAGCUGUUCAAGCAAUUGACAAUGUCCAUCAUAAAGCAAAGAGAGAAAGAAAAUCUAGAAGCUCGAUUACGGUAUCAGAAGACGGCUAUCCUCCAGAAACCGUGUCUCCUCAAGAAUUGCAUUCGCUAAAACGAAAGUCGCUUCCAGAUGACAACACCACUCCUUCAAAACAACGCAGAUCGUCUCGGCUCAAAAACAGCACUGCUAAAACCGCAGAUUUUGUCUACGAGCCUGCAGUGACGGACCGAUCCGAGCAAGAUAAAUCUCCGAGUUUACCACGCGAGAAAAAUAUUGGAAAAGAUUCCGGAAAAAGUAGAUUGGCGAGUCAAAGAUCAUCAUCUCGACGAAGUUCGGCACCAUUCUCAGAAGAAUCUCCCUCGACCAAAAAGACACGAUUCAGUACGCGCGUGGAACAAUAUUCGAGACGUGUUUCAAAUGAAACUAUCAAAUCUCUUCUGCAACAAGUGCUCACUCCAAAAGCAGCUGAUGAAUGUGACAUCCAGGAUCAUUUCCCAUCUCCAAUUGUUCGAAGAGCUAUCGUGAAUAGAAACACACUCUGCUACGCAAUUUCAAUGGUACAGUUGCUUAUGCGAGUCCCUCAGGUGUACUCCAUUGUUCGAAGUCACUCACAUAAAAAACAAAAGGCAAAUCGUUCUGAAUGCUUUUUGUGCAUGCUCACCAAUUUGAUUUCUGAAAGACCACGAGCUGAUGACACACCGGCGUUUGUAGCUCUGCUGAAAUCGAACUGGAAGAACAUUGAAGAUGAAGGUAUGCAAUGCGUGAUGGAGGCAAUGCAGUAUUUUUUCAAUAAAUUCGACGAAGAGUACAUGCACGCCCAUCCGCCAAUUCGAAGCUACUUUGAAAUCGAAAUGUUUAUUGCUUAUGAAUGUAAAUCUUGCAAGCAUGUGAGCAACGCCCCCGACAAAGCAAUAUAUGUUUCGAUUGAUCUCUCGAGCAAAACAAAAGGAACCAUGCAAAGUAUGGUGGACAAGAUGGCCAACCCAAUUCCAGUAGUCGGCAUGAAUUGUAAAAGUUGCGGUCAAGAAACUCUAUGCAGCACAACUCGUUUUACAAAGCUUCCCGAAGUCCUUCUCUAUUUUGUGCCUCGUGUCAAAGACCAACAGCGUGGAAAGGAUAUGACUGUUCUCAACGUCCAGAGACAGCUCAUAUUAAAAGACGAUAACAAUGCUCAUAACUAUGAACUGUGCUCAUUUAUUGCUCAUUGUGGAAAAAACGGCGAUAAUGGUCAUUACAAGUCGUUUGAAGUUGACCGUACAAACGAAUUUCAGUACAACGAAUAUGACGAUGCCAAAGUUGUCCUUGACUCAAAGUUGUCCAGCGACAUCACAAUCGUUCUAGCAAUGUUCCGGAAACAGGAGGCUGUUGCCAAGGAUGCAGCAACAGAUAUAAUUUUUGAUGGUCGUGGUAACAUUGUUUUUGCAAAUGAAAAACACUGUCAGAGUAUCCAAUAGUUCAAUUUUCCUAUUAAGUUAGCUUUAAUUUUAUGUUCUUCUUAGAAACUCAUGCUAAAUUUUUGCACUGUUUUAUCUUUUUAUCCUAUGUUCUGUUUUAAAACUAUCCACUUUUCUUCCAUAUCUCUGACAUCGUUCCCAUUCUUUAACUUUUGGAUCUCUCAUUCUAUAUUUUUAGAGAAUUCCUCCCAUUUCCCGAUUUCACAUUUUCUUCCCAGUAAUUUUGGCAAUUUAUCCUUGCCAUGUUCCGAUUUUCUCGUUUGUUCAAACAUUUUCAAUUUAAUUUCAUUCCCCCAAUUAACCUUUGUUUUGUCAAUUGCACGUGAAUAAAAAUUGUUUCAUUUACAUU